AGGCGGACGAGGAAUGCGAAGUCUAGCAUCCACUGUCGGGAGCCGUCGCUUUGCGCAGACAGUCUGCGCUGCUUCGGACGGGAUUCCAGUCGGGAAGUUUGGCUGUGGCUUUCGCUUAACCAUAGACACACUGAGAGCUGCCUGCAGUCCGUACGACGAUCUCCCUCAGUUUAGUCCAUCGCAUACACCAGGGAACCAAACAUGGUGGUCAAAGUGUACAUAGCAUCAUCCUCAGGCUCCACUUCGAUCAAGAAGCAGCAGCAGGAUGUCAUGGGGUUCCUGUCAGCCAAUAAGAUUGGGUUUGAGGAGUGCGACAUCGCCGCAGACGAGGACAACAGGAAGUGGAUGCGGGAGAACGUUCCAGACGAGUCAAGGCCUGCGACGGGCCACCCCCUCCCCCCCCAGAUCUUCAACGACAGCAAAUACUGUGGGAACUACGAGGCAUUCUUCGACGCCAGGGAGGACAACGCUGUCUAUGCCUUCCUGGGUCUGACCGCACCACCCGGCUCCAAGGAAGCGGAGGCUCUAGCGAAGAAAUCACAACAGUAGCAAGUUAGCAGCAUCACGUUUUAGUCUGUGUUACACCUGAAGCCCUCAGCUUGAACCCUGACCCCAGACCUACCCACCCUGUACCCUAUCCGAUACGCACCUGGCUCCGACAGACAGAAAGAAGGAAAGAACGAGGCGCAGAAAACAACGAUGGAAAAUGGAAAAUGAAAGCAAUGAAAAAUGGAAAAACAAAAUUUCACUUAAUGUUGAAUUGUACGUGUUUUAUUUUUUUGUAUAAUUUUUAGUUUAAUCUGUGUGUGUGUGUGUGUGUGUGUGUGUGUGUGUGUGUGUGUGUGUGUGUGUGUGUGUGUGUGUGUGCGUGUUAGUUCCUUGAUAUCGGUCGUGCCUUGUCAGCUGUACUGACAGAAGUACCUCAGAUCUCUAAUCCCAUUGGCCGAAUCGCAAGUCAAUCAGCGAUACAUGAAUGUUAACGUAUUGAAACAAGAAAAGACACAUUUCAACUCAUCCGUUUGUAUGCACCUUAAUAUUUCACCCGGACCAGUAAAUCCAAACAAAGUGCAGAACCCCAACUCAAUCUGUGUUGAUCACUAAAUGGUUUCAUUAUUCUGUAGCGACGACCAAGUUCAAUUCAUCUAGUUUUGUUCGAUUUAAACCCUUAUGCGCUAUUUCAUUUUCACAAAUUCCAAUUGAACAUUCAACGUUUAACACACUCGCUUCACUCAACCAUUCCCACAUAUGACAUAGUUACAUUUUUAAUUGACACACUAUUGUCUUAAUGCCGUUUGAAUGGCAGACUGUUAGUAUGAGAUGUACCAGACUGUGCUACAAUUAAGGAAGCACCACAUUUAUUUACUUAGUUAUUUUAGUUUCAAUUUCCCUAUUGUGCUGGCAUUAUAAAGAUGCACUCUAACCAUUGGUUGGUUUCUUAUGUAGAAAAUAAAUUCAACAACUUAUGUUUCAAACCAGGCCAUAUCAGCUUUUCCGAUAAGAACAAACCAUUUGAUGAAGUCCCAGGUCUCACGUUACCCUCUUACAGUAAAGUCUUGUUUUUCUAUGAAACAUUAAACAUUUUGAAAUUAA